GACGUCCGCUGCCUGCUCUCCACUUGAUGCUGGAGGGCGAGCCCGACAAAGGAUCAGCCCCACCUGGCGCAGGCUACUUUGGUGCGAGUGAGGACGGCGACUCAGCCGUUCUAGAUGCCGAAGCUCAGGUGGAGAUGGAGACCGUCCGCAGCCGGCGAUUGGGACCGCUCACCGUGACCAUGGCCGACUUCCUAUGGGACAACGUGGACCGCUUCACAGCCGCUCAUCCGGCUCGGGGCGCUCCUGCUCGAGAACUACGGGUGUUGCCUUUCAACACGGCCACUCCUUCGUGUCGACCUCAGGCGGCCAGUGCUUUGUCCGCCGCAUCGCAGUGGAUCCAGACCGUCAUGGAUGCCGAGACCGCCGCAGAGUACAUCACCGCCGAGGAGCUCGACGACGAGGACAGAGGGCCUUCCGAGGAGCUCGAGGACGAGCCCCCGGCGGCCAGAGUGGCGGAGUUGGAAGUUCUGCCUGCCCCAGCUGCAGAAGAUCCAUUUGCGGAGAGUCAGGUGACGGACCCCCUUCAUCAGAUCCUCGCGGCUCAGAUGGAACAGACCCGCAUGCUGAUGGACAGGCUGGCCCCAUCCCGCCCGUCAGACGCUGUGGCGGCCGCUUUAGGUUCCGGCCAGGGCAGCGGAAGCGGCGAGAGCAGCGGAGUCAGAGGAUGCAUGGCACGCGAUGCAUUUGUCCGACAGGUGCAGGACUUGGAGCGGGUAGCCGAAGUUGCAAAGGGCAACGCUCUUCGGGAACUUGGUUUGGAGAGGGCCGAGCCAAAUCUGAUGAAGCUCUAUGUGGAGCGACGGCUUCCCCUCUCGAGCUUUGCAGAGCCCCCGCCAGCUAUGUGGUUGAACACUCGCCGCAGCGGGGUGAAGCCCUUCAGUGCUCUCGCUCAUCCCUCCUGGAUAGCCGGCAACAUUGCUUACUUGAGAGACCUAGACUUCCUAGAAACUCGUAUGAACAAUCUAAGCAAGGAAAAGGCUGGCAAAACCGAGGAGGCGACCGACCCCGAGGCCGCUGCAAAUCCAAAGGGAAAGUUUCGGCGGCGCCCAAAGGCCAAAGCAUUGGCCGAUGGGAAUGCAUGA